AGCGUUUAGUUUCCUCGUCAUAAAUUAGUGCAUUUUCUGAGGCGUCGCACACAAACACACACCUCAAACAUCACACCUAAGCAGUGUAAACGAGUGAUUAUCGUCUCGCUGGUGUUCAGGUGUGUGUUUGUGUGCGCGUGUGUGGUGUGAUGGCGUGUUAGUAGAGCUGCAGUGUGAUUGGUCAGUUUUCUGUGCCCUCAUGGUGCGGUUGUUAAGGGCGGUGCGCAGAUCCGCUGCUGCGCUGCUCUGGAGAGCCGAUAAACCCACUAAUAAUACUGCUGGAGCUCAAACUGCGGCUUUUUCUGAUCCACAACACAGUCAGGUCAGACGGUUCACUUCACCUGUAAGGAUGCCGGAGAUUAACAUGGAUAAUCUGGACGAAAAGCAAGUGCAGUUGCUUGCUGAAAUGUGCAUCCUGAUAGAUGAGAAUGACAAAAAGAUCGGAGCAGACAGCAAGAAAAACUGCCAUCUAAACUCUAACAUCGAUAAAGGUUUACUGCAUCGAGCGUUCAGUGUUUUCCUGUUUAACAGUGAAGAAAAGCUGCUCCUUCAGCAGAGAUCUGAUGCCAAAAUCACUUUUCCAGGCUGUUUUACCAACACUUGCUGUAGUCACCCUUUACAUACUACCAGUGAACUGGAGGAGCAGGAUGCCAUCGGGGUCCGACGUGCCGCUCAAAGACGCCUGCAAGCAGAGCUCGGCAUUCCCAUGGACCAGGUUCCUCCAGAAGAGAUGACCUACCUGACCCGCAUCCAUUACAAAGCCCAGUCGGAUGGCGUUUGGGGCGAACAUGAGAUCGACUACAUCAUCUUCAUGCAGAAAGACGUAGAUCUGAAUCCAGACCCCAACGAGAUCCAGAGCCACUGCUACGUGUCCAAAGAAGAGCUGAAGGAGAUCCUGGAGAAAGCCAAAAGGAAAGAGCUGCUGAUCACGCCCUGGUUCAGCCUCAUCGCUGAAACCUUCCUCUUCAAAUGGUGGGAAAACCUCAGAAACCUCAAACAAUUCAUUGAGCAUGACAGAAUCCACCGCAUGUAGGACACUAAUGGACACCGCUGACUUACUAAUGGACACUUAAAAGGAUAGUUCAAGCAAAAAAAUUAUGUUUGCUCACUAUUUACUAACCCUUGAAGUGUUUCAAAACCAUUGAGUUUCUUUCUGUUAAACUCUAAGGAAAAUAUUUUGGUAUCACUUUAUUUUGAUGGUCCCUUUAACACAUUUUGUUGAAUUAAAGUUACACUGCAUUUACAUGCUAACUAACGCUCAAUAGAUUAUAAGACUGUUAGGUUGAGGUUAGGGCUAGUGUAAGUUGACAUGUACUUGCAAAGUUUCUUAUAGUCAGUUAAAUGUCUGUUGAAGGAGCAGUAUCAGCAGAUAUUAAGCAGCUAAUACUCAAAUAAGAAAUGGCAUGUAGUUGCAAUGCAACUUUUAGUCAACAAAAUGUGCCAUAGGAGACCAUCAAAAUAAAGUUUUAACGAUAUUCUGAAGAAAGCUGAGAACAGUUAACCAAUGACUUCCAUUGUAGGAGAAACAAAUACUAUGGAAGUCAAUGGUUACCAGUUUUCAGCAUUCUUCAAAAUAUCUUCUUUUGUGUUCAACAGAAGAAAGAAGCUCAUAAAGGUUUGAAACGAAUGAAAGGAUGAGUAAAUGAUGAUAGGAUUAAAAAUGUUUUGGUCAACCUAUCCCCAACCUAUAGACCACUUCAUCACAGGGAAAACAAAAAGACUGAAUGUUUUGAUCCUGAGGAGUCUUUGGGCAAUCAAAGAGGUUUAUUGUUUAGUGUUAAAGUUCUUCAUAUGUGUUGAUUAGAACUUUAUUACAAAAUGGAGGAAAAUCACAGUAUUUAAAGAGACAAAACUGAAAAUUCUGUCAUUUACUCACACUUUAUUUUUGUAAUCAUUUUGUAGUUUCUUUCUUCUAUCGAACACAAAAGAAGAUAUUUUGAAGAAUGCUGAAAACCAGUAACCAUUGACUUAAAUAGCAGGAAAACCAUAAAAUGGAAGUCAAUAAUUUCAGGAUUUAAGCUUCCAAAUAAAAAUAAAAAUGGUGAACUAUCCCUUUAAUAGGCCGCUCCAUUAAAAGGAAAAAAAGUUUAGAUUCUGAGGAGUCUUUGGAUAAUCAGAGAGGUUUAUUCAGUGUUAAAGUUCUUUUUGUAUGUUUAUUAGAACUUUACUACAACUCAUAUUACACUCGUAUUACAAAGUGAUUGAAGACGAUGUAAGUAUUUAAAGAGACAGUUCACCCAAAACGGAAAAUUCUGCCAUUUACUCACCCUAGACUUGUUCCAAUUCCAGUUUUGCUUCUUCUGUCGACCACUAAAGAAGAUAAUUUGAAGAAUGCUGAAAACUGGUAAAGGAAAAAUGACCAUUUACUCUCUAUUUACUUUCCCUCAAGUGGUUAAAAAACUUUGAAAAUCUUUCUUCUGUUGAACACUAAAUAAGAUAUUUUGAAAAACCUGUAACCAUUGACUUCCAUAGGAGAAACGAAUAUUGUGGAAGUCAAUGGUUACAGGUUUUCAGCUAUCUUUAAAAUAUCUUCUGUUGUGUUUGACACAAGAAAAAAACUCAUAAAGGUUUGAAACAAGUAAAUGGUGAGUAAAUGAUGACAGAAUUAACAAAAAAUUAGGUGAACUAUUCCUUUAAUAGGCCACAAGAAAAACAAAAAGACUGAAUGUUUUGAUUCUGAGGAGUCUUUGGGCAGUCCGAGAGGUUAUGUAGUGUUAAAGUUCUUUAUAUAAAUGUUUAUUAGAACUUUACUACAACUCGUAUUACAAAGUGAUGUAAGUGUUUUAAAGAGACAGUUCACCCAAAACUGAGAAUUCUGUCAUUUAUUCUGCCUUUUAAUAGUCUCUUUCUUCUGUUGAACACAAAAAAAGAUAUUUUGAAGAAUGCUAAAAAUCUGUUACCAUUACUACCAUAGCAAUCCUUUUUUUCCUGCUACUUUCCUACUGUCCCUUUAAGGAGGUUUUGCUAACUAACAUUUUGUCCAUUGUGUGUGAAGUGCCUAGUUUCCUAUCAGAGACUAUGCAUACGGGAGAAUAUAUUGUGUAGAGAAAACUAUCAGGGCUUAUUAUGAAGUUUACAGUUGUGUUCAUUUUUAGGGAACUACAAUAAAAUUUGAUUUCUUUGUA